GAAAUAGCUUUUGCGCCAUUCUAGCUAGCUAGCCUUUUCUCUUACAAUUUUUGACGUGGAUUUAGAUCUUUCUCGCCCUAUAUAUACCCAUCCUCUGUAACAAACCUUCAACAAAGAAACACUAAGUAUCUAGUCUAGUACAAAGAUGGAGAUCCCUGUGAUAGAUUUUAGUAAGCUCAAUGGGGACAAGAGGGGUGACACAAUGGCCCUAUUGCACGAAGCUUGUGAAAAAUGGGGCUGCUUUAUGGUUGAGAACCAUGAAAUUGACACACAACUGAUGGGGAAGGUGAAGCAGUUGAUCAAUGCAUACUAUGAGGAAAACCUGAAGGAAAGCUUCUACCAGUCUGAGAUAGCCAAGAGGUUGGAGAAACAGCAGAACACCUCUGAUAUAGAUUGGGAAAGUACCUUCUUCAUUUGGCAUCGCCCCACCUCUAACAUCAAUGAAAUUUCAAACAUCUCUCAGGAGCUUUGCCAAACAAUGGAUGAGUACAUUGCACAGCUCCUGAAGCUGGGAGAGAAGUUAUCUGAGCUCAUGAGUGAAAAUCUUGGUUUGGAGAAGGAUUACAUUAAGAAAGCAUUUUCUGGAAAUGGUGAGGGUCCAGCUGUGGGAACAAAAGUGGCCAAGUACCCUCAAUGUCCACGUCCAGAACUUGUGAGGGGACUUAGAGAGCACACAGAUGCGGGUGGCAUCAUUCUACUGCUCCAAGAUGACAAGGUGCCGGGUCUGGAAUUCUUCAAAGAUGGCAAAUGGGUAGAGAUUCCACCUUCCAAGAACAAUGCCAUUUUUGUGAACACGGGUGAUCAAGUGGAAGUGUUGAGCAAUGGCUUAUAUAGAAGUGUUGUGCAUAGGGUCAUGCCUGACAAUAAUGGAAGCAGAAUCUCCAUUGCCACCUUCUAUAACCCCAUUGGAGAUGCCAUUAUUUCACCAGCUCCUAAGCUCUUGUACCCAAGCAAUUUCCGUUAUGGGGACUAUUUGAAGCUCUAUGGCAGCACCAAGUUCGGUGAAAAGGCUCCUCGAUUUGAAUCCAUGAAGAACAUGAUCAAUGGCCAUAAAAUUAUUCCAGCUUGAGACUUGGAAUAACGUCGCAUUAUUACCCUUGGGAUAUCUAAAUUUACAAGUUAUUAUGUUUAGAUUUGGAAUAGUAAUAUUUUCUUUUCUUUUUCUUUGUUGGUCUAUGGCUUUGGCCGUACAAGUAACGAAGAUACACGUGUUCUUUGAUUCCACAAAUAGAAAAAUUAAGGGUAAUGAUAUAUCUAGACAUCUCACAAUUUUAUAUAUUUUAUUAAAGCUCGUUAUCUUUUUUUUUUUCUUAUCACAAAAUAUCAUGGCUCAUAGUUUUUUCUUC